AACCCGCGCAUCCCUCGUCCCCACAUCUUGUCUAUCUUUUUUCUCUCCCCUCUUUGUAUUUAAACCUUCUGUCCUCCUAACCCAAUUCUUCAAAUUCAAAAAAACAAACAAGAAUAACUGUUUUUCCCUUUUCCUUGACAAUUGAGAGAGAAAAAUAACAAACAAUUUCCCUCCUUAUCCUCACCACAAGGAACAGGAAAAAUCAGAAAUUAUUCAACCUUCUUUUUUCAAUUCCUGUAACCCAUUUUCAACAACUCUGUUGAUUUUCAUUAUACGAAAAAAUUAUGGCAACAGAGGUUUUGCGGCCACAGGAUAUUUUAAUUCAACGCUUCAGAGUUUCACCGACGGCCUGCUAUCGUCGGAGAACCAAUUUUGGAAACGGAAAUGGCUAUUUUAACUCUAGGUCUUCCUAUGGGAACCGGAAACCGGACGUCAGAACGGAAAGGGAAAGAUCCGAGAAGAAGAAGCUGAAAAACCAACCUGAGCCGUUGAUGAGGAGGAGAAUUGCGAGUUCCGAAGAUUUGAGACCGACUCACAACGCCGGAAAGUCUAACGGUGGCGUAGUUAUGGGCAAGGUGACGAUUUUGAGGAGAGGUGAGUCUUUGGAUUCGCUGAAUUCGAUCUAUGUAAACGGACCGAGUCAAACCGAAAUGCUGCCCAAGCAGAUCCGGGUCGGGUUAUCGUCGGCUGACGUCUACGCCGGUUCAGCUUUUUCAAAUUCGCCGUCGCCUAGAGCUCUUCCCUUGCCUUCCUUUUUCAAUAAAAAGCAGGAAGAUUUCAAGUCCUUUGAUGACUUUGCUACUAGAGAUUUGAGGCGUUUGCUUCGGCUGGAAUACUAAGCGGAUCCGGUUUUGACGUUCCCUAUAAGAAGACCCGACCCGAAUAUAUGCCGACAAAGUUUUCGAAUUUUCGGGAUCUUAAUUUCUCCAUAACUUUUUUUUUUAGACAUGUGGAGCAGAUGAAAAGGUCUGAAAUUUGAGAAAUUUAGAAAAAGAAACGCGUGGGUAACUAUAUUUUUUAUUAUUAUU